UCCUUUUCUCUUCUCCUCUCUUCGCUUCCACUCCUCCCCACCCACGCCUCCUCCGCUUUUCCCCGUCGCGUCGCGUCGCUUCUCCUCUCCUCUCCGAGCUCUCGCUCGCAUCGCCGCCGCCCAGCGGAGGAAACCCUAGCGCAUGGCGUCCCCGGCGCGGCCCGCGGCCGCCUCCGUCUCCGGCGCCUUCGGCGGCCUCUCCGCCGACCCCGCGCGGUGCUCCUUUGACCAGACGCUCCGCCGAGAGGAUUUCCAAGACAACAGGCUACUGAGGUCACUUGUUAAUAUCCAUGAGCAAGAAACUUAUUCAAGAGAGAUAAUAACGGAAGCUAUAGAGAACUGCAUGAAGAAACAAGCAGAAAACUUGGUGAACACACUGGAUGUCAUCAGUGGAAGGCUAUCACAGUUGGAGCUGUAUUGCUAUAAGUUGGAGCGGUCAAUUGGAGAAUUACGAAGUGAUGUGAUGGAUUAUCAUGGUGAAGCAAAUGUUAACUUCCGUUGCCUUGAAAAGCACGUGAAAGAGGUUCAGAAAUCUGUACAGGUUCUGCAGGAUAAGCAAGAUCUUGCUGAAACCCAGAAGGAACUAAAUAAACUUCAAAUAUUACACGAGGAAUCUGCACAGAAAAGUGAAGGUACUGCUCCAUCAGUUUUUAUGAAGGAAAUUGAGGGCAGCAUGCCAGCUGCAAAACCUGAGCUUGCCCUUGUGCCGCUGCAUCAAGUAAAUGCUGUCCAAUCUCCUGCUUUGCAAUUCCAAAGUUGCAAUGGGCUUGUUCUGCAGCAACUGGUCCCGGUCACAUUGAGCACUCAACAAGACCAGCAGCACAUGAACCAAGCCACCAUGUACUGUAUGCAAAACCAAACUCAUGUUGAGCACAGGCAGGCACAACCAUUUCAACCGGCACCUCAAUCUGUGCAGCGACAUACUCCGAAUCCUCCGCCACAGACUGUAGUUGAGGUACCACAGAGUCAGGCCCCAGAUUUCUACCUUCAACCCCAGCAGCAAUGGCCACAUCAAACUGGUCAGCAAGUUCACCCUCAGGCAAGGCAGCCACAGCCACAGGUGGUACAACAGCAACAUUACAACAAUAUUCAGCAAGUUCCAGCACAGAUAGUUCAAAUGCAAACUUCUUCUCCACAGGCUCAAAGUGCACCUCAUGUCACACUGUUAUAUCCCCCAUAUGGAUCUCAACAACCUGCCUGUGCUAACAGUGAGCCACGCUCAAGAAGCAUGGGUGCGCAACCCUCAUACUCUACAAUUUCCUCAUCCCAACGGAAUCAUCAUGAAGUUGCUCCUAUUUAUGUGCAAAGCAGCUCAAUUUCAGUUCCACUAGCUGAGCAUAACAUCCAGCCUCAGCAGCCACAGCAACUUCAAUCGCUUGGCAAUGGUUCAUUUAAACCGAGCAAGGUCAGCGUACACGGUGUUGCAUCAUACACAGUACAGGGGAAUGGCCAGGUCUAUAACACUGCUUAUGGAUGUCCGUCCAACAAUGCUGCUGCUGUCGUUGCUGUCCUUCCUCAACAAGCACAGUCUAGUUCUCCAAUGGUGCUUCAUCAUUUAGGACCACAGUCUCUACAGAAUCAUCCUAUAGACAUGGUUGAAAAGGUUGCUCGGAUGGGUUACUUCAAGGAUCAAGCUGAGAGCAUAGCGCUUCGAAUGGCGAGUGCUGGACAGCCUGUAGAGUUCAAACAGCUUGCUUGACAAGCUGAUGAUCUAUGGUGACAUGAAGUGGCAGGGAGCUGAGAAUGAACAGGCCAGUAUGGAGGCGCUGCAUGUGCUUUCUGGGCUUGUUCCUGUGAAAUAUUAUAAUAUCUUACUAUCAUGAGAAGCUUUUCAGCUUUGCUAAGGUAUUUCGUCUGGCAUCUUUUUUAUCAGCCAGCAGAUUGGUACGUAUCCUACAGCUUAUUUUUUUCAGCUGGAGGAAUGUGAUGAAAUAAUACUGCUAGUUUAUUAGUUAGUUAAAUGAUGAUUGUUGGCAUAUGUCCUACCUUUUAAUGGACAUAUAUGCUUGUAACCUUUUGUGGACUUGCAUAUGCAUGUUUGCAAUACGAAGAUAUGAGAAAUUUGUUGUUUUUCACCCAAGUCCAGCUGCUAAAAUCUUGAGCAAUGUGCAGCUUGUUUGUCCCUUUCCCCCUAUAUGCAUAAAUCCUCUGUAUGUUCUGUGA